CUCGGCCUAUAGCGAAGUGACAAAAUAUUGAGAGCGGCCAAUCGCAAGGGCGACGGGGAACGUUCUCAAUCCUUGUUCUCGCCCCAGCCGAAGAUCGGCCAUGGCCGCUGAAUCCGCCGGAAAAUCUAUUGCUGUCUCUUCUUCGCGCAAGCCCUUCGACUUCUCCCCCGACUCUCCUCCGAGACUCUCCCUCACGCCUGAUCAGUUCAAGCACUGCUCCGAAGCUCUCAGAUUCUUCAAGGAUAAGCUCCAGAUGCCGGAGAAGAUCCGCCAGGAGUUCGCUUUCUUGCAGGCCAAUAGGAUGAGACCAUCUGAAAUGAUGAGAAGCUGCACUGUGGCUCUUGACAGUGUCAAUUUGAGCAAAAAUCGCUACACAGAUGUCCUACCAUUUGACAAAACCAGGGUUGUUCUCAACUCAUGUAAGGAUUACAGACCAUCAGCUAGGGGCUAUAUCAAUGCAAGCUUCAUUGAGACUUCAUCCACCGAAAGCAUUUCUCGGUUUAUAGCUACACAAGGUCCACUGCCACACACCUAUGAGGACUUCUGGGAGAUGGUAAUCCAGUAUCAUUGUCCUGUUAUUGUGAUGCUUACUCGGUUGGUUGACAAUUACAAGACGGUGAAAUGUGGAGAUUAUUUUCAGGCAGAGGAUGGUCCUAGAGAAUUUGGUAAUAUAUUUAUUGUUACUAAGUGGAUUAAAACUACCAAGACCUCAUUGGUGUUGCGUCAUUUGGAGGUGAACCACAAAGAGUCAGAAGAGCCAUCCUUGUCUGUUUUGCAUAUUCAAUAUCCUGAAUGGCCUGAUCAUGGAGUUCCCAGAGACACAUGUGCUGUUCGUGAAAUGUUGAAAAGAAUGUAUCAUGUACUACCCAGUCUAGGCCCAAUAGUGGUGCACUGCAGUGCAGGUAUUGGGAGAACAGGAACUUACUGCACAAUUCACAACACAAUUCAAAGGAUCCUUGUUGGUGAUAUGUCUGCCUUAGAUCUUGUUAAUACCAUAACCACUUUUAGGUCUCAGCGAAUUGGAAUGGUUCAAACAAUGGAGCAAUUCCUCUUCUGCUACAAUGCCAUUGUGGAUGAACUUGAAGACCUCAUCUCAGGCAAUGAAACAAACUCAAAAUGCAGAUGCUGAAUGGAACUAGAAGAAACCAGGUGGUAGAAUCCUUGUCAAAGUUGGAGAAAUCAGCAUGCUUAACUGCUCCCACUUCAUGGUUUGUCUCAAUCAGCUGAGUUUGAUGCCCCAUUUUCCUGUUAAACCUACGAACAAUGCUAAACAACUGAACUAGUUAGUCAUUUGGAUCCAGUUGACCUCUCCCUUUUGAACUUGCAACGAGACAAGAGUGUAGAAUAAUUUGAUCAUCUUCUUUAACAUUAAUCAUUUGUCAGCAAAAUAAGCGGAAUGGAGCUGGAAGUAGAACAUUUCAAUGGGCUAAAUGCUGCAAGAUCAACAAAUCCUUGUUUUGUUUGUCUACAUUAUAUUUGUGGAUACCCACCAAAGGUUCUUGAUAA